UCUUCAUUUAUAAAUUACCGAUACCCCCUACUGAGCUUAUAGAUCCAGAGAUGAUAUCUCAAGUCCUUUCAAACCGAUAUAUUGACAGAAGGAACCUCGUUGAUCUACUCCGACAACUUUUUGGGACUGAUUACGAGGUUGAGGACCAUCCCGAGUUCUAUCUUAUCAGAGUACCACGCGAGUUAAACGUUGACGAAAUUGCUAGCGUUGCGGACCAAGAGCCGCAAACCCACCCAUAGAUCCUAGGAAUCGCGAUGUCGCACCUUUAUCGUCUGCAGAACGCAAUGAAUGAGAUCAAGGAAAUCGUCAAUAGGUGCCGAAGAUGGAACUUCGCCGGACAAUCUUUCGUUUCCCAGAGAAUGUUGGUCGAUCAAAUGACCUCCGAUGUUAUCGGGCGGGCCCUUCGCGAGACAAAAUUGGAACUAUACCACGUUCGCGACAUUACAAACAUAAUACUGAAUGGCGGACAGAGAACGUUCGCCAUCUUGGUUCUCAUUGGCGAGGUAGCCUCAAUCCUGGAAUUCAUCAAAACAGAUAAUUUCCAGGCAGCUGAACUCGACAGCCAACUUCCGUGGGAACGGGAUGCCCUGCGUGAACUUCUCGGGCGCGAGAGCUAUAUCCCUUCGCAGUUUUGCAACCAGCAACCCGAGUUCACCGCGCCAGUGUUCUCUGGAAACUCCAUUCAGAGGGUCCUUAGAACGCCGAUAAUAUUCCCCUUCCUAACGUGCGGUUCUCCUCGCGAGGGAGGCUUUGGUGCUGUUUACAAAGUCACCAUUCCCCGUGAACACCAAACAUUCGCAGCCAGUUAUCAAAUCAUAGGCAAUAAUCCGCUUCCAACGACACAUGUAUACACCCUAGCCCGGAAGGAGAUCGCACGGAGCUCAGCGAGCCGUAAGGAGGAUUACGCGCUAGAACUACGCAACCUUUGCAUCCUAAAAAUGGUUCAUCACACUCAUAUUGUUCAGCUUUUAGGGUCCUAUACCCAUGACAACAAAGAUAAUUUUCUUUUCCCCUGGGUGGAGAAAAGCCUAGAGAGCAUGCUAUCAGAGGAAUGCCCGUCAGAUCUGAGAUCUGAGUACACGAUGACUUACGCUCUCUGUGGCUUAAGCUCAGCACUUUCCUUGGUUCAUAACUUUCGAGAUGGUGACUUUGAAGCAAUCGGAUGCCAUCAUGAUUUGAAGCCGUCGAAUAUCCUGGUGGAUGAAACGAAGUUUUUGCUAAGUGAUUUUGGGCUUUCACGAUUCAAGGAAGCCUCUGAGGGGUCCGCGACAAGGUUUCGAACGACACGGGGUGACUAUGUCGCGCCUGAGUGUCAGGACCUCGACUACCCUUACACAAACCAUGACAUACAUCGCUCAGCUGAUAUAUGGGCUUUAGGGUGCAUUAUGCUGGAGCUCUUGGUGUAUUUGGAAGAUGGCCACGAGGGAAGGAGGUUGUUCAGGGAAAGGCGAAAAUUCUCCAUCAACCAAGACACAUACUUUCGUUUUCAUUCUUCAACGAAGAGGGUUGAAGUCGUCGAGAAGAAGAUCCAUGAGUUUCAACUUCGUGGUCCCGGGCCGAAGCAAAGACUCGCGCAGCUUGUUGCGUCUAUGCUCAAUGUUACAUCCCCCGAGGAGAGACCAAAAAUUGCAGAUGUCGACGUACGUCUGCGUUCUAUCUUGCUCAAAGAGCUGGCGGAUAGCAUCCGCAAUGCCUACAGUGUUAUACAUGCGAGGUCUUCGAAUAUCGCACUUUUGCUGGAAAAGAGGCAUUUCGAGAGUUGGGUUUGGGCCACACUGGAUCACGAAGCACAGCAAAAACAAGACGAAGCUUCGUUUCUUCAAAACUUGCCCUACAAUGACUUUCAAUCUGUCUUGGAAUUGCUUGAGCAAGUUAGAAACGUUUUACAAGACAUCAAUAGCCAAUCACUUCCAUUGAGACAUACCCUCUCCGCCCUUCGUCAUUUCAAUGGCCGACUGCUAGGAUACCUUCCACCAGAUUUAAAACAGGCGGCGACCUUGCGAUCCCAGUGGACCAUCCUGCAAAUGUACAACAGCGCGAAUUUGAUCAAUAGCGAAGGAACUUCUGCGUCUCAACUAAAUGCUGAUGACAUUGGAGAACUUGCCGCAAUUAGAAGAAUGCAUCUGCUGGUGGAUAGAUUGACUAAGGAAGAUUUUGACGAUGUCGGCAACUUGCGUAUUAGCCCAGGAAGACUUAAAGAUUUUUCAGAUGUCGGUGCUGGUCUCAGGCAGGGCUGUCUCGAAGAUCCAGAGACAGGGUCGUCCGAGCUGGUUUUGGCCGAGUGGCGACACUAUUUUGACAAGUACCCUGAACAUUCAGAAUUGUUAGUGCAUGAGUUAGUAGCACGGACAAAGGGAAUCACCAAGCUAUUGAAACGAGCGGGUCAGUACACGGCGUUCUGCAUAUUGCCUUGCCUUGGAUUCUACCACAACACGGAUGACCAUUCGGUUGGGCUGAUUUACAGACUUGACGAUCCGAAGCGACAGACAGAGAAGAAUCUGACUGUUAGAACCCUACGUGAUAUUCUUCUCUCAGAGUUGAAGCCUCCAGUAUUAGAAAGAAAGUUUCAGCUCGCCCUCGGGCUUGCCUCAACAGUCCUUGCAUUCCACAAAGUGGGCUGGCUUCAGAAGAGCAUAUCAACCUUUAACAUCAUUUUUCGCUGCCCCGAUGGUGCAACUGCCGACGAAAUCCUGUGCUCGCCUUAUCUUGUUGGCUUUUUAAGCAGCAGACAAGCGAAUGACUCUGCAUUUUCCGAAGGUCCAAUAGCCCAGAUUCAACGCGCUGCCAUACUUUACGAACAUCCAGAUUAUUCCAAAAAGAAAGAUGCUCGGUUCAAGCAGCGGUUUGACUACUAUAGCCUUGGGAUUGUACUCCUGGAGCUCGGGCUGUGGAGGAUCGUCCCAGAGGAUCGCAAGAAAUUGGUUGAAUUCUCGAGAUACGUGCUUGACAGGCCCCUGACCGCUCUUGGGCAAUCUAUGGGAUCAAAAUACAAGGAGGCGGUGCGUGCGUGCUUAGUUGGAUUACAGGAAGAUGAGUGCUACGGGUCUAGGACCGACGAAGAGACCUCCGCAGAGAUGUGCAUCCGCUUUAAAGUGGAGGUUAUUGACAGGAUCGCCCAGUGCAAUGUCUAG